AUUUCGUGGUAUGGCCAUAGGAAUACCCGGACGGUCGGUCCCUGCUCAAGAGGAGAACACCCCCUCCGACUUCUGGUGGUGGUGGUGGAGAAAAACACGCCCAUCACAGUACUGCCCGAGAGGAGUACCUGGAAAACUGGGCGUCCGAGCCUUGACAUUUACAGACCCUCCACCUCUCAGGGCUGCAUGAGCCUUGCGGUGCUCCACUUCGUGCCAGGCGCACGGUGGCGGAUGACGCUAUGGAGACACGUUUCAGAUGUACCGCGCUUCUCGUUCGCAUCCGAUGUGCUGGGCUGUCGACGUGGUGUAUGUCCACUCCGCUCGCGGCAGAAGGCUUGGAAGGGGAACGCGCAGCCUGCAUGUCUUAAUGCACUGGCGUGGGACCUGCCAUGCGUUCGGUACCGAAGAUGAGCAUUUAAUAGAACACCGAGUUUGGUGCAUGAAGGGGGCGCUGCGCGGCACUGCGCAAGCAUCUCAAGCUCGGCGCACGCAUGCACCAGCGCAGACGUCACAGUGGCAGGCACCAUCCAUGGAUCAUGCACGCUUUGUGGCAAAACUUAUGUAAAUAUUGGCCACGCGCCUCCCUGGAGAGGUGACCUUCAUGCGCGUGCCCGUCAGGCGGGUGCCCAGCCGCGACGCAGAAGCGAUCGCCAUGCGGUAUCAAGGCGAGCUGGUCUUCGCGCGCUCGCAGAGCUUCGAUCAGUGGGUCAGGCUAGCGGGCGAGGACCGAGGAGGGCUGGAUGCUGGCCGCCACGGAGGACAUGGGGGAGCUGCUGCUGCCCCUCCACGGCCUCCCCCACCUCGACUUGUGGCUGCUGUGCGACCUGUGGCGAAGCGCGCGCGCUUCUGCGGCCAAGGGCGAGCUGGAGACCAGAAGGCGCAGUCGGACCUGAAGGACGCGGAGGCACGCGCGCGCCUGGCGGCCGUUGCUGCCUUCGAGCGGCUGCAAUUCGACGAGGAGGCAUGCAGCUGGAGGGUGUCGGAGGCGUGCCCCGAGCAGGAGGACCCCGUCGCCCUGGGCUUGCUGGCGAGGGAGGACCUCCAGGUGGGCGAGGCCGGCAUGGCCCGGAUCGUCCGCCACAUCUUCUCCAGGCAGCUGCCGAGGUUCUGUUCCGACGAGCCUGGCCUGAGGAGGCUGGUGCCGGAGCUCAGGCGCUCAGGCGGGUCCGUGCCGCUCCCUGUGGACGGAGGGGACGAGGACGAGGCACCCGAGGGCGCAGAGAGCCCCCUGGGCCCCACGGUGCUCCUCGAGCACGACGGGAGGAUGUACCUGGCCGCCCAGGGCGGCCUGCUCUUCGACCCGGCCGACCCUCAGAAGCUCGUGGGCGUGUGGGACCCGGCCGGGAAGACGGUGGAAGCCCCCCCGGAGGGCUUCGACGUGUCCCAGGGGGUCACGAUGCUGGAGCACGAGGGCCAGGGCUACGUCAUGACCGGGGACGGGAGCAUCUUCGACCCCGCCGCCCGAGUCAAGGUCGGGACCUUUGACCCCGAGUCCAAGAGCGUCCGGCUGCUGGCGGACGCGGGCUGCGGAGUCCAGCUGAGGAUGGCCCGCGACGGGCCCCUGGAGGCGGCGGCGUCGGCGCCGGCCCUUGGCGGCGACGCCGCCGCGGGCAGCCCUGGCGCCGCGGACGCCGCGGGCGCGGAAACGGGCGUGCAGGAGUUGCUGGCGCAGGCCGCGAGGUACACGGACCGCAAGCUCUACCGCCUCGCCGCGCGCGAGUACGGCAAGGCUUUGGAGAGUUGCGCGGCCGCCGGCUGUGUGGAGCUGGACGAGGAGGCGGACAUCUUGCGGAGGCGCGCCGAGUGCUUCGCGGAGCUCAAGGAGCACCAGAAGCUGCUCGACGACGCCGAGCGUCUCCUCGGCUACGACUCCGCCGACCCCCGGGCGCUGGAGUGGCGCCGGGCCUCCGCCGAGGAGCUCGAGAAGCGGCGCGCGCUGCGGGGGCGCUGAGCUACCAGUGCCCGAGCGUCGGCGUGUCCCCCCCGCGGGGGCGGCUCCGCUUCGAGCGGGAUAAGUGCCUGCGACAAAAGGAGAGGGCGAGGGCGAGGGCAGCGAGGGCCAGAGGCCAGAGCAUCGUUUGCAUACGGACGGGACCACGGGCGCCCUCGGAUUGCAGACCAUCGCCCAGGCCCGGGCCCCCCUCCAG